UAUUGUGACGUCCAAGCGGAAGUCUUAGUCACUCCAUGUUUACGGAAGGCAGGUCAAGAAAUUCACCCAUGGAUUUAAGCUACUCUGUACACCCGUUGCUAAAUUAACAGUUUAAAGUAUUUUUAUUGACAUGCUGUCUAUUGUCUAUAGUCUCCUGUUGUAGAUAGUUACAUUUUUCGUCAUGUGGGACCAUGAAAUCAGAGCCAUGGCGUCCACUCACGCCAUCAUCGCCGCCUCGGUGUUCAUGGCGACCGUGCUACCUGCGGCGCUCGUGCAGGGCUUCUCGGUGUACGGCACUCACCUGCUGUGGCUCUACUCGGUGUCUGGUGCGGUCACCGCGGUCAGUGUCGCCGUCUUCUGGCUGCUCGGCAUCACACCGCCCACCAAGAAGCACACAGUAGGAUACAAGCUGUCUAGGUUGUUUCGUUCCUGCCUGUACUUCUUCCUGUCGUGCCUGUUCUUCCACACUGUGGUGGUUCUCUAUGGAGCGCCGCUGAUUGAAUGCGCCUUGGAAACAUUCUCCCUCGCUGUGCUGCUUACCUCUCUAACCACACUAAGGUGUCUCUGUGUCCUCGGCCCCAACGUCCAGGCCUGGAUACGAGUGUUCAGCCGACACGGAGCUAUGUCUGUGUGGGACACCUGUCUACAGAUUACAGUGGCCUGCACACUGGUAGGAGCCUGGGUGGGAGCCUUUCCUAUACCUCUGGACUGGGACAGGCCUUGGCAGGUGUGGCCUGUUUCCUGCAGUCUGGGCGCUACGAUCGGCUUCCUGACCGGGCUUGUUGGGGCUCCCGCGUGGAUCCACUAUCACCGCAAACAGCUCACAUACAAGUGCAAGUGACGGACCGACAUUUACAUUUCUGUAUUUGUGUCCAUGAGGGCAUUUCUCGUAUUCCUGCUGUAUUCCUUUAAACUUUGUACUGAUUAUUUAUUGGGAACAAUCUUUUGCUGCCUGUAGGAAAGAUGAUUUUGUAAUAACACAAGACGGUAUGAGUGAAUAUGUUCCUGAAGAUUUUUGAUUAAAAGAUUAGGAAUUUAUAACUGAAAAA